CACCAACCCUGAGGACGUUUCCUGUCUCUUGACCGUAGAUUCCGUUUGGAAGUGAAACUAUGGUCUCGUCAUAAUCCGCGGUCUUUUCCAUCCUUACUAACAACAGCACCUGACAAUACAAUAACCGUUGCCAUGGACGUCAGCGACACACAGACAAUGUCAAGUUCGCGUCUCCGCCCCCCGGCGAAGGUCGUCAUGCCAUCUAUCGGCUUGACAGAGAUGAGUGCUUCGGAACACAAUGCUCGAUCAGCAAUGGCACCACCUUCACUGCCAAGCGGAACGCACACUUUGAAGCAUAAGCCAUCGGGGCUGCUUGAGCCUCAAUCGAAAGUACCCCGACAGACGCUUGCUGAACGAGCUGGCCAACCGUACACGAGCAAGAACCCGCCCGCGCAGCCAUCGGCACGUCAUGUCAACUCAGACGUAAAGAGGACAGCUCAGUCGGGACCCAAAAGCCUGACUUCGUUUUCUUCUACACACGGCUCCUCGGCGAGAGGUCUCCCAGGCCCCGGAUUCGCUACAAAUGGACGAACGAGCGUGAAUCAACGGCCACAAACGGCAAUGGGGCACUCAAGAAGCAAGUCGCAAUACAGCGCCAGACCAGGCAGUGCAGCAGGAGGACUGAAAAGGGCGUUGUCGCAAAGUGUGCGAGGAGAUCAUCCGACGGCGGCAGCGCCAGCUUCAGGCCCUGCGACCAGCAAUACUUGGAGCGACGAGACAAUCGAACGACGUUUGAAGGGCUUUGACGACAUGAUGAUGAUUAUGAACAAACAGAUGGAAGGUACCACCUUCAACCAACAAUUCCUAAAGGACACCAUAGAAUCACAGCGGGAUCAACUCAUUGAAGCUCAGAUGACACAGAAGAAUAUGAGCAAAGAUAUUGAUCGGCUCCGAGAAGAGCUUAGUGAGCUUAAGGAGGAGAAUUCGGGCUUAAUCAUGGUGCAGACUGAGCUGCAACGGAACCACGAGAUUGAGGUCGAUGAUUUGGAGCGAAAACAUCGUUAUGAGCUUGAGAACCUGCGAGAUGAGCAUAGGAAGGAAAUUGACCGAUUACAACGCGAGACGAGCAGAGAAACAGACGAAUUACGGCGGAAUCAUCGAGAGGAGAUCGAUGAGCUCCAUCGGAAGCAUAGACAGGAAAUCGACGACUUGGAGAGGCGAUACAAGCAUGAGCUAGAGGACGAGAGGAAUCGCCGACUACGUGAAGUUAACGAGAUUUCAAUCCAGCGGGAUGAGGCCAUAUCGAAGAUAGCGACAGGCAUUGGCGAGAAAGAACGAGAGGCUGACGCAAUCCGAGAGGAGCUUCGACAACGAGUGGCAGAUCUCGAGCGUGAAAAGUUGGUCCGCACCAAUCUCGAAGCCAAAUUCUCCGACAUCUCUGCCAAUCUGCUCGAACUGCAGAGUGCAAAUGGAGCCAUGCGUGCCAAAAUCGACUUCCUUGAGUCUGACAACCAGCAGCAAUCAAACCAGUUCGCAGAUUUGCACAGGCGCAUGCAAGAAGCCAUUGAGGCCGCCGCAGAGGCAAAAGCGAAACUUAGGGCCGAAGAAACGCUGAGGCGCAAAUUGCAUAACCAGGUCCAGGAGCUGAAGGGCAAUAUCCGAGUCUUCUGUCGAGUGAGGCCAACGCUAAACGAUGACGAGAGUCCGGCUGAGAUUAGCUUUCCUGACAACACCGAAGAGGCAAAAGAGAUAGUUGUCCGUGGGGACGAGAAGACGAACGCGCUUGGGAAAGUCACGGCAACGAAUCAUACCUUCACUUUUGACCGCGUCUUUGGUCCCAGCAGUGCUAACGCAGAAAUAUUCGAAGAAAUCUCGCAGCUCGUGCAGUCUGCUUUGGACGGUUACAACGUUUGCAUUUUCUGCUACGGCCAGACGGGUUCCGGUAAGACCCACACGAUGUCGUCAGCGGACGGUAUGAUUCCCCGUGCCGUGCGCCAGAUCUACGAGUCCGCUACCGCGCUCGAAGAGAAGGGCUGGAAAUAUCGUAUGCAAGGAUCUUUCGUGGAAGUGUACAACGAGAACAUCAACGACCUUCUCGGGCGUGCUGAAGACCUUGAUAAGAAGAAGCACGAGAUCCAGCAUGACAUGAAGCGCUGCAAGACCACGAUCACAAAUGUUGAAGUUGUAGAGCUCGACUCUCCGGAUCGUGUCAAAGAAGUUCUCCGUACGGCGGAUAAAAACCGAAGUGUGGCUGCAACAAAAGCGAAUAUGCGCUCCUCAAGGUCGCAUUCGGUAUUUAUCCUCACGUUGACGGGGGAGAAUAGCAUCACGGGAGAGAAGUGUGAGGGUACGCUUAACUUGGUGGAUCUGGCUGGUAGCGAGAGACUUAGCCACUCAAAGGCCGAAGGCGACCGCCUUAAAGAGACACAGAACAUUAACAAGUCGUUGUCAUGUCUUGGAGAUGUUAUUGGAGCUCUAGGGUCGAAGGGCGAGAGCGGCCAUAUUCCCUAUAGGAACUCGAAGCUUACUUACCUUCUUCAAUUCUCCCUUGGCGGAAACAGCAAGACCCUCAUGUUCGUAAUGGUGUCGCCGCUGCAAGCACAUCUCUCUGAAACGUUGACGAGCUUGAAGUUCGCGACCAAAGUGCACAACACGCACAUCGGAACGGCCAAGCGGCAAAGCAAAGUCUUGCAUUAGCUUUUGAUCAUACCAUGCUGAAGAGGCGUUUGUGUCCGACCUUUUAAAUGUUUGGAGUGUGAUGGACAUUGGAGUAAUAGGAUUUUGCUUGGUUGUCCACACGUUAGCCGAGUUGGCUCUAGAUUGCCGGUGUAAAGGCAAAGCCGGAACUUGAGAUGAUACCUACAACAUGAAAUGGCUAACGCAUAUUCGAGCCUGAAGCAUAUUUCGAUAAGAAAUUUUUGCCCGCUCAUGGUUGCAAUCUGUUUUUUUC